UUCUGCCAUGUCGGCCCCCAAAAGAAAGAGCAGGGGGCGGUUGCCCCCGGAGAGCGGCUCCCCCAGCGUCACCCCGGAGCCGGCGGAGCGGCCCCCUGCUCUGCUGACGCUGGCUGCUGCAGACUUCUUGGAAAAAGCAGAUGACAAAGUUCCUACAAUGUACAGAAGAGUUCUUGUGCAACUAGGACUCAACAGUAUGAAAUCAGCAAAUAUAUGCAUAGGUCGACCAGUCUUGCUUACCAGUACAGAUGGAAAACAAGAGGUCUGUACAGCUUGGCCAGUUGCAGGCUUCCCAGGAGGGAAAGUUGGCCUAAGUGGAAUCACUCAGAAGAAUCUGCGAGUGAAACCUGGUGAGGCAGUCACUGUCCAGCCUGUGGUCGGUGCAGUGGUGCAGGCAGAAGAAGUAGAUGUGAAGCUGAGGGACAAAGAUGCCUGUAUUAAUGUUGAAGACUUGUCUGUCUGUCUUUUGCGAAAUCUAGAUGGGAAGAUAGUUUUGCCAGGCAACCUUUUGCAUCUCACUUUCUAUGGCAAACCUUGCAACUUGAUGGUGACGAGGGUGAAAGGAACCGAUGGGGCCCUGCUGAAAAUGCAGAGAAGUACUGUUUUCAGUGAAACACAAGAGCCAGUCCUUGAGAAGACUGACUUGGAGACCAGUGCUCUAAACUUGUCUUUGCAGCUCAGAAAGUUGGACAUAGAAGACAACCAGGAAGGAGCAUCUACCAGCACUCCAUGCAAGCUGAUGGCUCAAAGUUCACCAGUUACUUCAAAUGCUGUGGUGAUAGGGGGUGAGCAGGAUUAUGACCGGACAGAUGAGUUCAGUAAUAAGGGGAAUGUCAGAGACCUUAUUGAUGGUUCUGAAUCAAUCAGAGAUGAAGACAGCAUGAGAUUGCUACGCACUGGCAACACUGGAGCAAAAUGCAAUUUGGAUACCUUUUACUUUAUUUCUUCAAAAACUAGAGUCAAUUUCGUAGAGAAUCGGAUCAUUGCAACAGAAGAACACGACUCUAAAUCUAUCCUUACCUAUGACAUGAUAGGUGGUUUAAGCAGCCAGCUACAAACUAUUAGAGAAACAAUUGAACUGCCCCUGAAGCAGCCUGAAUUGUUUAAGUGUUACGGAAUUCCUCCUCCUAGAGGGGUGCUACUGUAUGGCCCCCCAGGUACUGGGAAGACGAUGAUUGCCAGAGCUGUUGCAAAUGAAGUGGGAGCCCAUGUUUCAAUUAUUAAUGGUCCUGAAAUCAUAAGCAAGUUUUAUGGUGAGACUGAAUCAAGAUUACGGCAGAUAUUUGCUGAAGCCUCUCAACGGUACAUUCACUUUAGAUCAUUCUUCAUUCGUCCAUCAAUUAUAUUUAUUGAUGAGCUGGAUGCACUCUGUCCGAAGAGAGAAGGGGCUCAGAAUGAAGUAGAAAAAAGAGUUGUAGCUUCAUUACUAACAUUGAUGGAUGGCAUUGGCUCAGAAGAUGGUGCAGGGCAACUUUUGGUACUGGGUGCUACAAACCGUCCGCAUGCACUGGAUGCAGCGUUACGCAGACCUGGGCGUUUUGAUAAAGAGAUAGAAAUCGGGGUCCCCAAUGCCCAAGACCGAUUCGACAUCCUCAGAAAACUUCUUAAUAAGGUUCCUCAUCUGUUGACAACAACAGAGUUGGUGCAGCUGGCUGAUAGUGCCCAUGGCUAUGUGGGAGCAGACUUGGCAGCCUUGUGCAAAGAAGCAGGUUUGUGUGCUUUGCGGAGAGCACUGGGAGAACAAGCUAACCUGUUAGACAGCGAGGUGGCUGGGUCAGUGAUGAUUACUCUCAAUGACUUCCUGCAGGGGAUGAAUGAUGUCAGGCCCAGUGCCAUGAGAGAGGUGGCUAUUGAUGUGCCAAAAGUACUCUGGUCAGACAUAGGAGGACUGGAAACUGUCAAAUUGAAAUUGAAGCAGGCGGUGGAAUGGCCCCUCAAGCAUCCUGAAUCCUUCAUCCGAAUGGGGAUUCAGCCACCCAAAGGAGUACUACUUUAUGGACCUCCUGGAUGCUCAAAAACAAUGAUAGCGAAAGCUUUGGCCAAUGAAAGUGGCCUCAACUUCUUGGCGGUGAAGGGACCUGAAUUGAUGAAUAAAUAUGUUGGUGAAUCUGAACGAGCAGUGAGAGAGAUCUUCAGGAAAGCCAGAGCUGUCUCACCUUCCAUUCUUUUCUUUGAUGAAAUAGAUGCCUUGGCAGUUGAAAGAGGGAGGUCUUCAGGUGCUGGGAACGUAGCAGACCGUGUCUUGGCUCAGCUGUUAACGGAAAUGGAUGGGAUAGAACAGUUAAAGGACGUGACAAUUUUGGCAGCUACAAACCGACCGGAUAUGAUAGACAAGGCUUUGAUGAGACCUGGACGAAUUGACAGAAUCAUCUAUGUGCCCUUGCCAGAUGCCAAAACUCGUAGAGAAAUCUUUAAACUUCAGUUUCGCUCCAUGCCCAUCAGUGAUGAAGUCUGCUUAGAGGAGCUCGUCCUGCAGACGCAGAAGUAUUCAGGAGCAGAGAUAACAGCAGUCUGCAGAGAGGCAGCCCUUCUAGCCCUCCAGGAAGAUAUACAGGCCAAAUGUAUUAUGGGACGACAUUUUCAACAUGCAUUGAGUAUUGUGACCCCUAGAAUUCCUGAGUCACUAAGACAGUUUUAUGAAGAUUAUCAGCGGCAGAGUGGACUGCAUACACUUUGAGAAAUGAAUAUGUGCAUUUUCACACUCACUGUGUGUGUGUGUAAUAUACACACACGCUCUUUUCACCUGUAUACAGCAAAUUUUCUUUACGUUCCUGAGAGCUUAGGAAUUUCUUAUUGUAAAUGGAAUGUCUGAAAUGAACUCCAUUGCAGAAAUUUCAUAGUAGAAGUCUUUUGUUUUGAUUGUGAACUAUGUGAAUGCAGUGGAAAUGGUUGAAAAUUUUGUACUUUAUAAUAAAAUGGUAUAAUCUGCAUUAUUAUAAUUUAGAUUGCUGGUUUAAAUCAGUUUUAUCUGCAAAUACAUAUCAGUCCGGGGAAAAAAAGGACUCUCAACUCAGUAAUUUUUAGGCUGAUCCUUGAUCGUCUCCUUGAAAACAUUUGCAAUAGCAACAAGUGUCCCUACAGUCUUAAUCUUUGUGUGUCUGGUUGUCAGUUCUGCACCAAGGAGCAACACAAAGACUGGGAGUGGCAUGAAUACAUGCUGAAAAAUAUUCUGAAAUCUUUGAUUUAUGACAUUCAAAGAAGUUGCCAAACAAGCCUGCCAAACAUUCAACUUUCCUCUCUCCCCCUCUACCCUCCCCCCCCCCCCCAAGUUAAGGUGCUCCUAAUUGAUCACAGCACAAUGUUUAACUUCAGUCUUGGACAUCGUCCCUUUGCUUAUAUUAUAAGGUAGGAAUAUAUAUUAGAAGGGUACAUUAGGCUUGUUAUAAAGAUUGGGAAAAUGGACUAUUUCUAAUUUGUGAUUAAUUUAUAACUAUUUCCAGAUGUCAGAGACACAUUUUUUUUAUAUUUAAAAAAAAAUCUGAGUAUCUUGUUGAUAGGGAAAAUUGUGCAUUUCUUACAGAUCUAUGUACAUUUUUUUCUCUUUAUAUGUAUGUUCAUGUUGGUAUUUUAUCUGAUAUUUAGUCUACCAAGCACUGUACCUUGAUCUGUAGAGGACACAUUGUAAAACAUAAUGGGAAAAAGUUGAGAGAUGUUAAUUACUUCUUGAUACAGUGCAUGUGUAAAACUUGAAAAAAUGUGCAUUUAAACGGGACCACUAAAAAUCUUUGAAAUUUCCUAGAAAAUCCAAUGAGUAAAAAUACCUAGUUGAUAGAACUGACAAUUGGUCACAAAAAUGUGGGGGUACAGAUACAGAUUUUUAAACCUAUUUCAUCACUGAUUUGUUUACUGAAACCAUGGCAGGUUGUUUCUUGGACAUGUAUUCUUGUACCUUCAGUAAACAAACUGGUCAAGUAAAAUUACUUGCAGGGUAGUGAGCUAUUGUAUACAUGACUAGAAAGGCAGAUCGAUCAAAAGCAAUAAUUAAAAGGGGGGGCAAGCCAAAAGGUGAUAAAAACUGAAAGGAUCUGACUUUAUUUCAACAGAUAAUUGCAUGGUUUGGCUAAUGUUCUUCCAGCUAAGCGGAAGACCCUGUCGAAGCAUUAGCCAAAUCAUGCUGUUACCUGUUGAUGUCAAGUAAAAUAGUUUCAGAUUUUAUCACCUUUUGGCUUAUUUUUUUGGAUUUAUUGUUUUGAAGAAUUUGGCUUCUUAUAGUAGUUCGAUAUUUGUUUAUGCAAGAGUUUUAUGUCUGUUUAUGUCCAAACCUUCUGUUCUUUUUAAAUAAAUAAGCUUUUGAUUUUGUUCAGA